CAAAACAAGAGUAAAACCAGUUUGUGAUUGUUGUACAUUACCAUAUUUGCAACACGCCAUAUUUGUAAACUGAGGUCUACGUCUUUCCACCCUUUCCACGCAAACUAAAGUCAUAGACAUGCCACGAUCUACUGGCAGGUCAUAGCUACGGCGAAUAUACUGUCCAUUUUACUACCGAAACUUACCGUACUUCAACUUAAGUUGUUCAAAAGGCUUCACAAAUUGCCUUAAUCAUGUACAGAGCGGUUUUUCGCGCCGGUAGAAGCGUUCGAACAAGCAACGCUAGAAGUUCGAUUGUAAGAAUUGUGCAAUCGAGCCAACACAGCAGACCUCUGAAGAUUUCUUAUGUGCCAAGUUUUGUUUCCGCGAGAUGUUGCUCUUCUGUUCCGGGAUCGUUUCAAAUGAAGCAGUUAGCACCUCCUUCAGAUGCUUUCACGGCAAGACAUAUUGGGCCAAGCGAGGGAGAACAGAAAGAUAUGCUCAAGUUUAUGGGAUUAGAGAAUAUGGAAGAACUGAUAGAGAAGACUGUGCCAUCAUCCAUCCGAUACAGAGAAGAUUUACAGCUCUCUGAGGCAAUCAGUGAGCCUGAUUUGUUAAGCAGACUAAGACAAAUCUCUAAGGGAAACCAGAUAUGGCGAUCAUACAUUGGAAUGGGUUAUUACAGCUGCCAUGUCCCAACAACUAUUUUACGGAACAUCCUUGAGAACCCUGGAUGGACCACACCCUAUACCCCCUACCAGCCAGAACUGGCACAAGGACGUCUAGAAUCUCUGCUCAAUUUCCAGACAAUGGUCAGUGACCUGACUGGGCUGGAUAUCGCCAAUGCAUCUCUCCUAGACGAAGCUACUGCUGCAGCUGAAGCCAUGGCUUUGUGUUACAGAUACAACAAGAGGGCCAAGUUCUUUGUGGAUCGUAAUUGCCAUCCCCAGUUAAUAUCUGUUGUACAGACAAGGGCAAGUACCCUUGGCCCUGAAGGUAAUGGUAUAGAAAUCAUAAUAGGUGACAAAAACAGUUUUGAUUUCUCCAACAAAAACAUCAGUGGUGUACUGUUCCAGUACCCAGACACUAACGGAUCCAUUGAUGACUUCUCUGGACUUGUCGAGAGGGCACACGAAUCAAAGGCCCUUGCGGUGUGUGCAACAGAUCUAUUAGCUUUGACAGUUCUCAGGCCUCCUGGAGAGUUUGGCUGUGAUGUGGCUGUUGGGAGCACCCAGAGAUUUGGAGUUCCAUUAGGUUACGGAGGGCCACAUGCUGGGUUCUUUGCAAUUCGUGACAUGGGAAAUCUCAAGAGAAUGAUGCCUGGUAGAAUGGUGGGGGUUACAAAGGAUGCACAUGGCAAGCCAUGCUAUCGACUGGCCCUCCAGACAAGAGAGCAACACAUCAAAAGAGAUAAAGCCACAAGUAACAUCUGCACAGCACAGGCUCUUCUUGCUAACAUGUCAGCAAUGUAUGCAGUGUACCAUGGUCCUAAGGGACUCAGGAAUAUAGCCCUGCGGGUACACAAUGCCACUCUUCUUCUAGCAGAAGGAAUAAAGCAAGCAGGCCACACUGUUGAUGAGGCCCAUCCCUUUUUUGACACUCUAAAGGUUACAAGUAAAACAGGAAAUGUAUCAGACAUGAUAGCAAGGGCAGCAGAACGAAAAAUCAACCUAAGAAAAUACAGCGAUGAUAAAGUUGGUGUUUCAUUGGAUGAAACGGUAAAGGAGCAAGAUCUAGAUGACUUACUGUGGGUGUUUGGCUGUGAUUCGAAAGCAGCUGAAGUCGGUACACAUUUAGCUGAAGUUCCCCAUAAAAGCCUACUCAAUAGCCCCUUUAAAAGGCUUAGCAGCUUCUUGACCCAUCCAGUCUUCAACACACAUCAUGCAGAAACUAACGUUGUGCGUUACAUGAAGCUGCUGGAAAACAAAGACAUCUCCCUCGUCCACUCAAUGAUACCUCUAGGAUCUUGUACAAUGAAGCUGAACAGUACAACGGAGAUGAUGCCGAUUACUUGGCCUCGCUUUGCGGACAUUCAUCCUUAUGCUCCAAUUCAACAAGCAAAGGGAUACUUACAACUGUAUGAUGAGUUUGAGAAAGACUUUUGCGAGAUCACAGGCUUUGACGCCGUCUGCUUCCAGCCAAACAGUGGUGCCCAGGGAGAGUAUACAGGGCUGCGCGUUAUCAAGGCGUACCUUGAAAAUAAUGGACAGGGGCACAGAAAGGUGUGUUUGAUCCCAGUCUCGGCUCACGGUACCAAUCCUGCAAGCGCACAAAUGGCUGGAUUUAAUGUGCAAGUGAUCAAAGUCGGGAAAAGUGGAGAUAUAGACAUGGAGGAUUUGAAGAAGCAGGUUGAGAAGUUUAGUGACGAGUUAGCGUGCAUCAUGGUCACUUAUCCAUCUACGAACGGAAUCUUCGAAGCAGGAAUCAGGGAUAUCUGCGACAUUGUUCACUACCAUGGCGGCCAGGUAUACUUGGAUGGAGCAAAUCUGAAUGCGCAAGUCGGCCUGUGUCGUCCAGCGGACUAUGGCGCUGAUGUCAUGCACAGUAACUUGCACAAGACGUUCUGCAUCCCACAUGGAGGUGGUGGACCGGGAAUGGGACCUAUUGGAGUGAAGAAGCAUCUCAUCCCAUAUCUCCCCUCCCAUCCUGUCGUUCCACCCCAGAGUACCAUCGCUGCUGGCGCCAAGCCUUUCGGAGUAAUCUCCGGGGCCCCUUAUGGCUCUAGUGCUAUCUUGCCCAUAUCCUGGGCUUACAUCAAGCUUAUGGGAGGCAAGGGACUCCGCAAAGCAACCGAGGUCGCGAUUCUCAAUGCUAAUUACAUGGCUGCCAGGCUGAAGGAUUAUUAUGCUGUGUUAUUUGUUGGCGAUGGUUACUGUGCCCAUGAGUUCAUCCUCGACGCUAAAGACUACAAGAAAACUGGUGUAGAAGCCAUGGAUAUCGCCAAGAGGCUGCAGGAUUAUGGUUUCCAUGCACCAACUGUCUCGUGGCCCGUGUCAACUGCAUUGAUGAUAGAACCAACCGAGAGUGAGAGCAAAGCGGAGCUGGACAGACUUUGUGAUGCCCUCAUCUGUAUAAGAGAGGAGAUUCGUAACAUUGAAGACGGAGUAUGGGAUCCUAAAAAUAACCCUCUAAAGAAUGCGCCCCACCCACAAGCUGUUGUGAUGUCCGAUCACUGGGACUACCCCUACAGUCGAGAGGUUGCAGCUUUCCCUGCUCCAUGGUUGAACGGCACGAAUAAGUUUUGGCCUGGCUGCUCCCGCGUGGAUGACAAGCACGGAGACCAGCAUUUAGUGUGCACAUGCCCGCCAUUGGAGGACUAUGACUAUGAGAAGACCAAGACGUUCGUUUAGAGGAGAGCUGCCAUCUUUUAUACCCCUUGCCAUGGGUUUAUCAUGGAUGACUCGCAAUGAGGGGAUAUUCAUGGCAAGACAAUGCCUCCGACUUGUAGUUUGUCUUUUGGAUUUCAAAUAGUCCGACCAGGAGUCUUGAAAUACAGUCAAAGGACUAGCACGUUAGCCAAAUGGAGACCAAAGUGCCUUGGCAAUUUAAAAACAAAUAUUUCUGUAUGCUUCUGAUACAGCUGUAUUAGUGGACGUUAGAACUUCAUGCUUUGUGAUAGAGCUAUAUUAGCAAGCUUUUAGAACUACAUGAUUUUUAUACCGCUAUAUCAGUAAGCUCUAGAACACCAUGAUUUUUGCAUACAGCUAUAUCAGUAAGCUUUAGAACUCCAUUGAUUUUUGUAUACAGCUCUAUCAAUAAGCGUUAGAGCUUCAUGCUUCUUGGUACAGCCCCUUUACGUCCCUGUGGAUACAGGGCCAUGGCUGACACUUGCCUUCGUGAAGUCCCCAUAAACCACGCUCUAGCCUGCGCACUGGUAACUGUAGGGAGGGAAAGGAACGCGGAAAUUUGCUGGGGGGGCAAAGGGGUUGGGAGACAUUAGAAAAACAUACUGGUUUGCAGGCUAACAGGCUAUUUAGGUCCAGUUUGGACAAUAUUGCAUAAUGUUUUCGUCUGCGCACAAGCACACGAUUAAACCUUAGUUUAAGCGUGUGUUUUUGGUUAGUAUUGGGGUUGGGGUUUUUUUUGGUACUUAAUUGAAAACACUUACACUUUUGAUAUGUGUUAUUUAACAUACUAAAGGAUCUGUAACAAAUUAACCAAAUAGACCAAAUAAAGAAAAGUAUUGCUUGUA